AUGGGUACAGCAGCAAUCACUACCGCCCUUAUCGGUGCCACAGUCACGACCCUAUUUUCUAUAGGGAUCAUUGCCUAUCUGUUGCACGAUAUUAACGACUUCUAUAACGAUGCCUUGCAAGAGCUGUCCGAGUUCAACGACUGGGCAGAUUCUGCUUGGCACGAAAUGGAGCCGUCCAAAGGAAGGAACAAAAGAGCAGUUUCCAAGAAGCACCGACAAACUCGGCAGUGGCCAGCACAUUGCGCAUGUGGAGCAGCUCCAGCUUUCUGUCCUCCUGGACCGCCUGGGCCACCGGGAUUGCCUGGAAUCCCAGGAGAAGCUGGUUUACCCGGCGUAGCAGGCAGACGAGGACAUGAUGGCAUUUCGGUAGGCGGUGGAGCUGGACCGGCCGGAUGUAUUCCUUGCCCUGCUGGCCCGCCAGGUCCUCCAGGACUUGAUGGACCCAUGGGACCACCAGGUUUACCUGGAUUUCCUGGACCAGCAGCCGUAGGAGGAGGCGUAGGAUUGCCAGGACCUCCAGGCCCUAUGGGAGAUCCCGGACCAGCGGGAAGUCAGGGAUUGCCCGGCCAGCCAGGAAUGCCUGGCAGACCGGCACAGGUAAUGAUUGGAACACCUGGACCAGCCGGCACGAGUGGACCCGUGGGACCUCCUGGACCUCCUGGACCACCCGGUACCCCUGCAGGAUUCGCAAUUCCCGGACCACCCGGUCCAAUGGGUCCGCCAGGAAAUAUGGGAAGACCUGGUUCUCCUGGAAUGCCGGGAGCUCCCGGACUUCCCGGUAUUCCUGGAAGGGACGGACAGUACUGCCCAUGUCCCAAACGUACGCUCGCCACCAAACGAUUUGCAGCCAGCAUUGGAAUCUCGCGCAAGAAGUCACGGUUUAAUGCAGUAAGUGCAAAAGCGAGAAGUUCCAAAGCUUGA